AUGGUCACGAGAGUGGGAGUUCAGACGUGCUUCAUGGCACCUGCUCAAGGUGUCCAGUAUAAAGAGCCUCAUACAGAGAGCUAUGUUGAAAGCGUUGUAUUUUUAUCCACUUUAUCCAGCCAAUGUUCAUCCCCUGGUGAUGGACUGAAAGGAACUCCCAACCAGACUAAUGCCCUUCUCCUCCUCUGCUCCCCUAACACGGAUAUCAAGAAAAAGAAGGGCUGGUCUCCUUUAAAUAAAGGAUCUCAAUCCCAGAGUUCAUCCAAGGAGGCCAGAAUGAAGAUCUCCACUCCAGUGAAAGCACAUUGUGUUGAUGGCGCUGUUCAGACACAGACAAAUGAGGUUAUGUUUUACAAUACUGUAUUACAAGGAGAAAUUGAGGUGAAGUGUGAUGAUGAUUCUAUUAAAUUGUUCAGUGAUAAAGCUGAUGAUCUACUAAUGGACAUGCUUGAGCAAUAUGAAUCAAAAGAUAUUGAAAGCGAGGAACAUAAGCCACUCUAAGACUCAUUAAACACCUGUGUGAAAUCCUAGAAGUCGUUAGCACCAGAUAAUCACCUGAUCAAUUCCAGUUCCACUGGUGUUAAAGUGGAAGUGCAAGCACCACUCAAAGAGACUGAUCAGCAAGGCUCGAGAAGAAUGAGGGUUUCAGAAGCUCAAGAGGAAGGUGCUAAGAGGCAGGCUGUAUCAGAGGUGUUGUGAUCUAAGGUGUGUUUGUCCAGGGAUAAGUAUAACACCAUGUGCUGCCUGGAGUCCGAGCAGAUUGGCCAGCGCAUCACUACAGACUGGCAGACAGCUCAGUGGCAUGUGCUUCCUAUGAUGCAGCUCAAUUUCAAAAACUUGCAGACACACUUGAAUAAGUUCUCAAGAAAAUAUGACCAGAUUGUGGCCUUCAAGCCCACUGGCUGGACCUUCAACCUAAUUGUGAAUGUGGAAGACAUUCAGCCGCAGACCCAAAGGAACAUCAGUAUCUAUGGUAUACCUUACAGUGUGCACAGCAGUUAUUUGGAGAUGAAGCGUUUUGUGCAGUGGUUUCAACCGAGAAAGAUCAUCCCGAUGGUUUACUUGGGUAGUUGGAGGAGCAGGAAGGCCAUGGAAAUCUACUUCCAUGAGUGGCAGACAGACCUUAUAAACCAUUGA